AUGAACACCAACCUGAGCACGGAGAAGUUGUGUGAAGUGUUGGAAGGAUCCAUUAGUGCGUCUAAGGAGAAGAGGACACAAUGUGAGGAAUAUUUGAAACAAGUGUGCAAAGUGGAGGGGUACAUACAAGUAAUUCUGAACAUUGUGAAGAGUGCCAACAUAGUGGAUGACAACAUAAGAAUUUCAGCUCUCAUUUUUUUAAAAAAUACCAUAAAAAAUAAUUAUGAAACUCUCAAGAAGGAAGAGAUCAGUGGCCUCACGAAGGACAUAUAUGAAAUUUUCCUUUACCUGGAAAUGAAGGACAAGCAAAUUUACAUGCAGUUGUUCGAAAUAAUGAAGGUACUAAUAAACAAUAGCUUUCCAGAACAUUUUGUCAUUUUGGAUAAUAUACUUAAUGAUGUUAAUCAGCGGAAGGAUGUGAGGAGGCUGUACGUGAGUCUCUACUGCUUGAAGUUAAUUUUUAAAAAAUUAAAAAUAAGAAAAAAAAAAAACAAUGAAUUGUACACAGAAAUGCUGAACAAAUAUUUUUACCCACUCAUUAAUUGCCUUUAUGAUUUAAGCUCCCUUGAUAUAAACAACAAUGAAGUGUCUGAAAUACUUUGUAUCAUUUGCAAAAUAUAUCAUUAUGUUAAUGACAAUUUUUUUAUUAACGAGGUGAUCAUCCUUGAGUACAUGGACAACUACUUUAGCCUCUUCGAUUUUAUCCUUAAAAAUGAAAUCGUCGUCUCCAACUAUAUGGACGAUGAGAGUUACCUGAAAACUUUGCCUCAGUAUAAGUGCAAGAGAAUCGUUUUGGAUAUUGUGACUCGCCUGUUCUCUCGAUAUGUAAAUACAAAUUACAACAAAUGUAAUAACGAAAUUACGGAGAAAUUCUGUCAUGCCUUUCUCAACAAAUGGCUAUGCCCCUUCUUCGAAGAUUUAAUCAUCAUCCUCCAGAGCUAUCACAAAAAUAAAAAGACACUAACCGAUGAAUGCUUGGUUUACAUUCUGCAGGGGCUAUCAUACGGAGUGGAAAAUGCCCUUAUCUAUAAAAACUACAUAAAAAAUAACUUUGAGUUUUUGGUGAGAGAUGUUAUUUUCCCCCUCCUCUGCUACAACGAUGAUGAUAUAGAGAAGUUUCUUUGCGACCAAUACGACUUUACCAUGAACAUUUUUAACACCUACAUUGUAGAGGAUAAAAAGGCCAGCGCUACUUCUUUCAUAAAAGAUUUGACUCGCUACCGGGGAUCCAAACAUAUUUCCGAGUUAUUUCACCUCUGCGAAAAUGUCAUCAGUACGUACAACCAGAAUUAUCAUAUGGUGUAUAGCAAAUUUGCCAACCAGGGUAACCAAGACGAAGCCAUGGUGGAGGAAUUACUUCGAAACGAGUUUUGCAAAUACAAGUAUGGUGCCCUGAAAAUAUUGGAAUGCCUCUACAGCCGACUCUGCGAUAAGAAGAGAAAUAUGAACAUCGAGCAAUUUCUAAAAACCUAUGUAGAAAAUGACUUGAACAACCCUAACCAUUUAGUUUGUUACCAGUCUAUUGUCACCUACUGUUGCUUCAUUAAAAAGGUGCAACAUUUUAACGAUGUGAAUGGCCUUGUCCGCAAUUACGAGGUUGUUCUAAAUCAUAUAGGUAGCCCCAGCCUACUCAUCAGGGUAGCCAGUGCAUCCUACAUAAAAAAAUUCUUUAAAAUAAAAAAUGACUACCUCAAGAAUGUUAUUAUCAAAUCUAUUCCUAUUCUUAUUGAGCGUCUACUCAACGUGAUUAAGGAGGUAAAGUGUGAGUACAUCGUUAUGACGCUGGAUAACUUGGCCUAUACUUACAAAGAUUAUAUAACGCCCUACGUUAACGAUGUGGUUAUCACACUUUGCACCAGUUUUGUUUUCCUUAUUAACAAGAAGGAUGAGGAAGAGAGCGCGCAUAAUUCACUGGAAAAUAGUCUGAGACAUAACCCCGACAUGAUCAGUCACACGCAGGACAGUGCGCUGAGAAAUGAUAGAUACUCCCUCAUGAAUGACGAUGGAUACAACAUCACAAAGAAGGAAAAGAAAACGGAAAAUGAAGAACUAGAUCUGAAUUCUGUUAUCCUGUCCAUUUUAACAGCCAUUUUGAGUCUACUGGAUUCGGUGGAUGAAGGGAAUAAAGAACAGAUUUACAAAAACACCAUGUCAUACUUAUACGUUGUGGUGGACGAAACGUUUAAGUCACCUUCCAUUGAUUAUCUGGAGGAAGCGCUCUCCUUGCUUACGAACAUUACUUACUAUCUAGAUAUAGACAACGACGUGUACCUUCGCUUUGAAAAACUUUACGACAUUUUCUAUUUCAAUACGGAUGAAAAUUUAAAAAUGCAAGAAUUGAACUGUAUUCGAAAUAACCCCCAACUUAUUUUAAGCACCGAUUUGAUACUCUCCGAAAAGACCACCGAUGUGUACUUUUACGACUUCAUCUUCGACCUCUCGUUCAGCAUUGGUGUCUUUGACAACAUCAUCUCAAAAGCGACAGAGCAGUUUGUUAAUCUCUACAGUGAAAGGUACGGAAUGAAAUAUAUCCAUAUGGUUUACCGUUUAGGCAUAUUCGCUCUGCACUCCAGAAUAGUCAAAGAUAGUUGUAAAUUAUUUUUUAUUCUAUUCGAAGCAACGGUGAAGAUUAGGGGAGUGGACGAACUGGUCAUCCCAAUCCUCACUGCGUACUGCAUGAAGCUCUUUAAGCAUGAUGAAGCAUCCGCCCUUAUGGAUCAGAAGAAAAAGAAGAAGGAACUCACCAUGGAAGCAAAAAAUCAAAAUGUUAAUAAGAAUGGUGAUGAAGACGAUGGAGCAGAUAGUAUAUGCAGUGAGUAUGAUGAAGAUAUCCUCAGUAAAACAAGCAUUGAGUACAUUAAAAAACUAUUCUAUUCUAUCAUCAUAUAUGAUGUAAAUCAAUUCUUUCUUUUUUUUAAUAACACGAAUAGGACUAACUAUAUCUUGUCUUUCCUUUCUAAUCUUUCCGAUGUCCAAAUGAACAACACUAGGAAGUUGUACAUUCUUGCCAUGAGUACCAUCUUAGAUAAUAUGCACAACUCGCAUAUCAGCGUACACAUGGGGGAGGCAAAUUCAUUCAUCCUAAAUAUUGUUAAUGUAGCCAAGGUGUAUUACGAAAAUAAGAAUGAGCAGAAGGAUUCAUCUGAAAAAUCCUUCGAUUCAGAAUCUUCAUCAGGGGAUGAAAAUAGCGAAGUAGACAUUGAUGAAAAUGAGGAUGCCACGAAUGAUAAGGCAUUCAAACUAAUUAAAACAAUUGAAGCUUUGGAAAAAAAAAAUGAAUUAAAAAUUAAGUUAAAGGAAAAUGUAAAUUUAAACAAAUUGGAUGAGAUAGCGAAUCAGCAAAACAUAAACAACUCUGCUUCUGGACAAAACAUGAGCAGUAACAAUUUUACUAACAAAGAUAUGUUGAAGCAGUAUAGUACUAAUGAGCAACUCUUACAACAAGACAACACACGCAGGCAUCAAGAUGAAGAUGAUGAUGACGACGAUGAUAGUGACGAUGAUGAUGAUGACGACGACUGUUCAGACUACAGCAACGACGAAUACAGAAAGGGAUUCUUUGACGAUAUUAAUGCUUUCAAAAUUUUGUACGACACCACUUCAAACUUCUACGGAAAGUACGAAAGUGUUUACAAUGGUGAGAUUAUGCAAAAGAUUAAAUACCUCGUAGAUGCUGAUCUUAAUGCGCAGUUGCAGGAACCCACCAACUGA